CGUAUCUUAAGUUAAAGCAAUAUAGUAAACCAAUCCAAAGGUGAACUACCACCCAAAGUGAACGCAAUGCGGGAACAUGGUGACAACAAUUAAGAUAACCUGCGAUGGCGUCUUCAUCCAGUCCAACUCGUACCUCAUGCCCUCGUCUCCUGCCAGCGGAGCAGGUGCAGCAGGAUCGUCCUCCUCGGAUCGGGCACUGAAAUCGGCAUCCACAUCUUCCUCUCCAGCCAAUUCGAACAACGAGAGUGACAAUUCCCAGACGAGUAGUGGCAGUCAGACGGCCUCCAGUGCCAGCAAGCGAUCAAAUCGAUCGGUGGGUCGGAGUCAUCGAGGAGGAUCGGGAUUGGGACACGGCCAGGACACGAGACGACGCUACUACUUUGGCAGCAAGGACAUCUACUGGUGCAAGCAGAGCAGGGAGUCAUCUGCGGGGGAACAAUCUCAGAUCGGGAUGGGGUUGGGAUCAGGACUAUCACGCAGCGCCAGCAGUGUGACCCACAAGGAGGACACCCACGCCACCCACACUGGUGGUCAGGUGAUCUCCCGAGCUCGUCGUAAGCCCAUCCUCCUGUGCAGCAGCCUGAGUGCCGCCUAUGCUCCUCCUCGCCGGCGGGAGUUCUACUUCUGCGACAAGUAUGCACCAAAUCCUGGAAGGAAUACACCCACCACUGCACCCUCUCCUUCAUCUGCCAAAAACGAAUCCUCCCCGCCCAUCGACGCCCGUCUGCUGAACUUUUUGCGGUGCGCCCAUCGCAAGUUCCAGGCGGCCAAAACCAAAUCCGAACUCCAACAGACCAAAGACCAAAGAUCCUCGGGAAAUUCCCGGGAGCGGACAAAGAAAAACGCACAGACAUCCCGCUCUCUGCCGCCCAUCGCCAACUCAGAGGAGUGGUUCGACGAGGAAGCCGUAGACAGGGAGAAGAAUCAGAAACCCAAGCAGGGAGACGAGAACGAUAAGGACAAGGAAAAGGAACCCCUCUCGAGGAAGGCGUCCGGCGAGGGUGAUCUGAUCACCGUUGAGAUCAAGCAGGGACCGCUGAGGAAGCAGACGGCAACCACCACCGGCACGGUUAUGAACAGCCACGCGACCGCCACGCAGAACGGACAAACCACGGUCGUUGGACACCAUCGCGGAUUCUCGCAGCCCUCGGUGACGGUGGCCUCAGCAGCGGCGACGGGCAGCACAGCCGGCGAUCCAUGGUUCCUGCAGACCACCGGCCACCAGAUGCCGCCCACGCCCCUGCGGCACAACAAGCGUCCUGCCCCCCAGCCAAAUGCGGUUUUGGGAGCGGGAUCAGGAUCAGUAGCGGGUGCCAGUGGCCCCAGUGCGGUUGGGGCGGUACUGCUCCACCAGCAGCAACUCAGCCAGUCGCAGCCGCACAUUGUGCCGCCCAGCAUACCGCCGCACCAUCACCACCAUCGCGACAACAAUGUGCAUCCCAGCCAGGCGGGCGCGGCCGGCGCAUUGCAUUUGUCAUCGCAUGCGCUUAAUAGUCAUAAUUUAAUCAGCAGCGCCAGCAAUCAUUCGCCCAAAUCCCCCAGCCAGACGCAGGCACAGCAACAACAGACGACGAGCCAACUGCAACAGCAACAGGCCUCCCACAGCAUACUGUCCACGUUUGCGCCCGCCCCCAAUCCAAUCCAAUCCGUUCAGCAGGCGGGAUCGCAGUCGGUUGCCGGUGGCACUGCAGCCGCAGUGGCCGCCGUUGCCCAGCAGCAACAGCAGCAGCAUCUCCAGCUGCUGGCCAAUUGUGCGUCCGGCGGAGCGGGUCUGAUGUCCUCCUCGCUGAAUGCGGCCCAAAUGGCCUUGCACGGCGCCAACGAGCGAGCCCUGCCGCCAAAGAGUCUGGCGCUGAGUGGAAGCCAGCAUGGCAGCAAUAUGCUGCUGCACACAGCCACCCAACCGGCACAGGUGUCCUCCCAACCGAACCCGGCGGUGGUGGUCGGUGGCGUUGGCGGCGGCAUAAGUGGCAGCGGAUCAGCCGGCAUGUCCACCUCGCUGCACAGCUUCGACAUCAAUGGGGGCUGCUCCGCGGCCAGCGGGGUGAAUGCGAGCAGCGGCGCGUGGUCCAGUGGCUCCACCUCGGCCAUGAACCAUGCCUCCCUCUCGCCCACAGCGAUGGCACCGCAGCAGGGUCGCUCCAGGUGCGAGGUCAAGCUGAAUGCCAUGCCCUGGUUCCAUGGCAGCAUAACGCGGGACGAGGCGGAGCACCUGCUGCAGCCCCGCGAGGAUGGAUUGUUCCUGGUGCGCGAGUCCACCAACUUCCCCGGCGACUACACGCUCUGCGUUUGCUUCCAGUCCAAGGUGGAGCACUACCGGGUCAAGUUGGAAAACAAGCUGACCAUCGAUGAUGAGGAGUACUUUGAGAAUUUGGGGCAACUAGUGGCGCACUACGAGGCGGAUGCGGAUGGGCUGUGCACUCUGAUCAAGUGCUUGCCCAAGCUGGGCAAACAAGAGUUCUGCAUUAACUCCAAAGAUUUCGUGGACAAGGGCUGUAUCCCGGAGGCGGAGCUGCAGCUGCGCGAGAGCAUUGGCAAGGGCGAGUUCGGGGACGUGAUGCUGGGCAUAUUACGCAACGAGAAGGUGGCCGUCAAGAUGCUGAAGGAUGAGGGUGCCGUGCAAAAGUUUCUGGCCGAGGCCUCGGUCAUGACCACUCUGGAACAUGAUAACUUGGUCAAGUUCAUCGGCCUGGUCUUCACCAGCAAGCAUUUGUAUCUGGUUACGGAGUACAUGAGCAAGGGAUCACUGGUUGAUUACCUGCGAUCGCGUGGACGACAGCACAUAACCAAAAAGGAUCAAAUCAUUUUUGCCUACGACACUGCCUCUGGAAUGGAGUAUCUGGAAGCCAAAAAGGUUGUGCAUCGCGAUCUGGCUGCCCGCAAUGUUCUCAUCUCGGAGGACUGUGUGGCCAAGGUAUCGGAUUUCGGUUUGGCACGCGAGGAAUGCUACAAUCUAGACGUUGGCAAGCUGCCCAUCAAAUGGACGGCUCAGGCUCUUAAAAAUGGGCGCUUUUCCAACAAAUCCGACAUGUGGAGCUUUGGCAUACUGCUAUGGGAAAUCUACUCCUUUGGACGCGUGCCUUAUCCCAGAAUUCCAUUAGCCGAUGUGGUAAAACACGUGGAGGUGGGCUACAAAAUGGAAGCGCCGGAAGGCUGUCCACCGGAGAUCUACGAAAUGAUGCGCCAGGCCUGGGACCUCAAUCCCGCCAAGAGACCCACAUUCGCAGAGCUCAAGGUUAAGCUGCAGCUGCUGAACAAUGCCACGGCGUGAGGAGACACCGCGGUACGGACGCCAGUGCGAUAGGGAAGAACUAAAGUGGAUUGUUCAUUGUGACCAGCUGUUGUCAUCAACGAAGCCAGGGCAGAGCCAAUCCCUGCCAGAAAUGCGCCAUGCGCCAGAUCCAAAGCUGAAACUGACAUAUGACGACGACACUGAACGCAACAAUUUUUCGUACGAUUAUAUACAUACAUGAAUAUAUAUAUAACUACUUUACAACAAUUUAUUUACAUAUAUAAUUUAUGGAGUAAGUUUUGUAAGCCUAAGCGAAGAAGGAACCCAACACAAUCAAGCAAUGUUAGUGAGUUGCGCCAGCUUCCGACAUACAACAUUAAUUAAUAACCAACCGAACGGACUACGGAAAAUCGAGAGGAGAGGAGGAAGAGCAGCUGCGUAGCCUACCUACUACUACCUUUAACUACCAACUACCACAAUAUUAUGUGUUAUGUGUACACUGUAACUGUAACUGUAGCUAUUUAUUAGUUAACUCCUUGGUUCGGACUCCAUUGUAACAUUUAUCUUCUGGGUUCGUGACCACCACCCACGUCUGUAUCUUUAUGUUAUAGAAUACGCAUACAUAUGACGCGGGAGCUCCCUAGCGGGGCAGCCUGUCUAACGCAAUUGUUUAUAGAAUGUUUUCCAUUUUGAGAUCGUAGAAACGCCAGGUUUUAUUCGAGUUCCGCACUCCUUCUGUUAACCGUUUCUGUUUGUAGCACAAAACUGAGAGAUGACCACAAAGAACUUGUCCAACAAGUCGUUGGCAAAGAGAUCACGCCGAGAAUUAGUUAAAUUUAGUUACAUUUAUUUGUAUUAAAAAUCAAAAUAAAAAAAACUAAAAUUAUGCAAAAUGAGCAAGCGAAACCUAAGCAAAAAUUAACGAAGGCGGCUGCGGCCACGUGUCCUUAAACUCAAAAGAAAGUAAAGAAAAGUAAUGAGAAAAACACUUGUGAAAAUAUGCAUUACAUUAAAACUUCUACAUAUAAUACAAUACACAUUAACUACGUAUUUAGCAUAUGAAUCGAUUAAUAAUAUUACAUAAAUAUAAAUUAUUACGCGCAAAGUUCGUGGAUUUGUUCAUUAUUCGGUCCAUUCUUCUAAAAAAAAAAGGAAUCUCCUUCUCUGUACUCUAAUCGAACCGAUGCAGCUAGCGGAAAGGCAAAGGAAAACUGUAAUUUAUUUUUUAAAACGUACCCCGUAAUUUACUUAAUGCCUAAUUAAUAUUUUAGUGUUCCCCAUAAGAAACUUGUAAUUUAUGCUUUUUAAUUUCCGAUCAAGCGGCAGCUACCUUGCUUUAACACUUAAUUUUAGUAUAUUUUAUGUAAAACACACACACACCUAAUACACAACACCCCUCACAAACACACACACACGUCCACAUGGCAUACAUUUAAUUAAUUUUAAAGUUAUUAUUUUUUUAAAAACACAUCAAUCAAUAUUGUAAAAGAAAGUUCUAUGCUAGCGAAGCCCCGGAGAAAGCAACACAAAUUUGCACCAAUACACAAAACUUAAACGAGGUGAUUAAACGAAUGCGGAGAGUUCUACAACUUUUAAUAAAAGUACAGAAUAUGAGCAUGAAA